GUUGAGGUUGAUAAUCGUGCGAUAGAGACCGAUUACCCUAAGGGUGGUAGUUCUGGAGGGCUUACGGGUAAUGGCGCUGGUCGGCUUCACGGGUCGGUCUUGGGAGACAGAACUCCAACUGACUGGUCUCUAUUUGACUCUGAAAGACAUGUACAUGCCGAGGGCCCCGAGGACCUAGAUUUUACCAACGACGAAGGCAUGGCUCCUAGAGAAGAUAUUGUUUUUGAACUAUCUGAGGAUGAAGUUGAAAGUGUUGAUGAAAUUGAAAGCGUGGAUGAUGAAAGCGACUGGGAAGACGAAGAUAGCAACAAAUCGGUAAACUCAACCAGAACUGCUGGAGACAUUGAAGGGGUUGUGCAAGGAGAAGGAAGGGAUAUCAUCAUAACACAGCCCGCAAUCGACGAUGUUGCUGAAGAUUUUUUCCCCAACGAAGACGACAAGGACGGAGAUCACCUAGAUGCGCAUGAGCUUGGAUAUAUUCACGCAUCAUCUGGAACCAGAAGAUGGAAGCGUAAAGGAAUUGUCCACGAGAUUGAUUGGGCACUUAUCAAAAUAAAAUCAGACCGCUUGCAGCCAUACAAUGUCGUUCUAGGUGGCAAGCGAUAUUGCAAGAACCCGGAAUCAUAUUUGCGCCUACGACCCCAGCUCGAGGAACCAGUUUUUCGGCGGCUCUAUACCCAAGAGGAGGAUGAAUAUCCAACAGAAGUGGCCGACAGUGAAGGCCUCGGAAGUCGCAAAAUUCACUGGACAGAUCGUAAUUCAGGUCUUCAGGGUGGCAUGAUCGAAGCAACUAUGAGAUCGGUCAAAUUCUACGGGCGCAGGUCAUUCUCGAAAUCGUGGGCUGUUGCAGGAGCUGGUGAGCUUUCUAUGACUCCAAAGGAUUACCCUGUCUACAAUCUAACAUAUGGGAAGCUGCACAAGUGAAUUCUGGUACUUGGAUCAUUGAUGACGAAAGCCGGGUAUGCGGGAUCGUGAUUGCGAGGAGCGAGCGGUAUCGUGUUUUCUA